CAGCAGGUAUGCUCCAUGUCUUUCUGGCUUCAACUCCAAUCCCCACCCGUGUCUCCUCACUUCAAUCGACCAAGUGUCGGAUCUAAGUUACGUGUGGGGACGAAACGUACUUGUCCCGGUUAGUCCUCUGCUACAAGUCACUCCUUGCGUUCAAAGACGGGACUCUAAAUAGACAUCCCUUGCAGCCAAGCGGAGUGCGGAAUUUAAUCCCAAUUGAGGCUAUUUGCGCAGCACGAUUGUUCUGUGAAUGGUGUGUCAGGAAUAGGGUUGAUAGCUCCGCAUUGGACGUUCCCGCGCCAACACCCUUGACCCGGGCGGAGAUUAGAUUGUUCGGCGCUUGGAGUUGAAGAUCACCUCUAUGGUUUGAGGAUACCAGCCACAGCUAAGCAAUUGAGUAUCUUUGUCUAAUUGCGAGACCUUCCAUUCGUCGACAUUGCUACAGUUGUAUUUCGUCGGUCGUCGUGGACUGAACCCCAAGGUUCCCAGUCUACACGGCCGCGCCCUGCGCGAUUCGCUGCCCCUCAGUCAGGAUGAGCGGAUUGCCGCAUUUACAUGGGCGCCAACACGUGCAACAUGCGCAGUCUUCUUCGCUGCAGUGUGAUACCAAGCACCCCACGAACGACCGUUUGAAUUCGACCAAUUCAGGGCAGCAUAGCAACCAUGCUUCAGAGUCGCAGUCUUCAACUGUUCCUGCGAGUACGGCGGUCGAGCCUGCAUCAGAAUAUACUCUCCAUGGGGCUUCUAGCCGAGCUUCCAAUCCAACCUCUCCAAUAGAUGUCGUUUCCCAUUCCCGAGAAUUGUCGGGUGCAGGAUAUCCGACUACGCGGUCUCGCUCUUCCCCAGAUAGAUCACAGAUGCGACCUAGAUAUACCCAAAUAACCAUAGGCGAUAGACCUGAGAGAAACCAGGCUGAAUCCAAACGCUCUGUGACCAAUGUGCACAACAAUGAUUCCACAGCAGUUCCAAAACCCCCAAGCCCUUCUGGGAUAGCUGCGGGUCACAAGAGAACUGCAACUGGCUUUAUCAAACCAUUGGUGGAAGAUCAACCUUAUAGCUCAAGUACAAUCGUUUCCGAGAGACGUCGGUCUAAAAGCAUUAGCUCAGCUACGCAUGGAAAUAGAAUUGCAGCGUUGUCUGUGCACCUUCGCACACGUCUGUCUUACGCUGCGGCUAAAAUCGAGGCAAGCCGACGGUCACAGGGCUCCCAGAACAAGUUACCGUUGGAUUUACUUCAUAAUGACCGUUCAUCCUCAACUCCCGCUACCGACCCGUUCGAACGGAUAGGGCGGGGAGGGGAAAGUCAAGAACUGAUAGAGCCUAGCUCUCCUGGCGCGAUUACUUCGCUGUCUGUACCAGAUACACUACCAAAGUCCCAUCUUUACUCACACAAUAAUCCUAUGCGAUCAUCCCCAACAGCCAGAUCAGAAGACUCGGCGCCAUCUUUGAAGAGUGACCCACGAAAAUCGCGCACCCCUCUUUCUUCAUUCUCCCGUUUUGCGAGACUCGCAGCGCCUGCAGAUAUCAUUCCAAGAAGUGACAGCAGUGGUCGCAGACGCCCGAACCCAAAUGACCCCUCUAGUCAGGCACAGAACUUCCCUUACCCCCGCCAUCGACGACAUCAUUCCCAGCAAAGUAUCAGUACAAUAAAGCGAAACUCUAGCUCAGAAACGGUGCUGGUUCCCGAGACACCUCCUCUCCGUCCAUUACCUUACAAUGGCCUAUCCAGUCAGCAAAGCCAUUCACAAAACUCGUCCAUGGAACAAGAUGCGAUAGAGACGCUACUCUUUAUGUCCAGUCCGGGACAUUCGGGGUAUUGCUCCAACUCACAGCCCUCCCGGAGUCAGCCGAAUCAUACACAUAGCAGCAUUACAUCUACACAGACUAAACACAGCGCACCUGGGAGUCAAGACACGCACAUCGUUGUAAACACGGCUCCGCCUACUGGUUAUCGUGACUCGGGCGUGGGAUUAGAAGCUCAGGCCGGUGACGAAAUCGACCGUCUGUUGGAUCAAAUGGACAGUGAUAGCGAGGAUGAAAAUAAUUACCCCUCCGGUCACUCAAACAGCAUCAGCACUCGCUCAACGCCACGGGGCGGCUCUUGAGGAUGUAACCCUACUUUUCGAUCCUGACUACCUACACUUUUUGACUUAUCGAAUUCAUGAUCAUCUCAGCGAUGUUUAAUUAGCCCCCACUAUUUUUUCCACAAUGGAUUCCUAAAUAUGCAUAGUGCAUAGUGCAUUGUUUGGGUAUUCUUCGACAUCAUCAUGGCGCAUGCAUGGAUUGGGAGUGCCAUAUGGCCGUUUGCCUUAUGCAACGGUUUUCGGGGAUUUUUGUCGUUUGUUUUUGGCUUCCAAAAAUCAAUUAUUAGGCAGCGGCAGCAGCUAAGUAUGGCUACUGCAAAUCGGGCCUGACUGAUGGGUUCGGCAGUAACGCAUAUUAUCAUACUGCAACGGGUGUACAAUAAAUAUCUCCUGUAGCUCGG